AUGCCUCCAAAGCAACAAUUAUCUAAAGCUGCCAAAGCCGCUGCCGCCCUUGCUGGUGGUAAGAAAUCUAAGAAGAAGUGGUCCAAAAAGUCCAUGAAGGACAGAGCUCAACACGCUGUCAUCUUAGACCAAGAAAAAUACGACAGAAUCUUGAAAGAAGUUCCAACUUACAGAUACGUCUCUGUCUCUGUUUUGGUCGAUAGAUUAAAGAUCGGUGGUUCUUUAGCUAGAAUUGCUUUGAGACAUUUGGAAAAGGAAGGUAUCAUCAAGCCAAUCUCCAAGCACUCCAAGCAAGCUAUCUACACUAGAGCUACUGCUUCUGAAUAA